UCUUCAUUUCUAGGUUAAUGCUUCAGAUUUGAAUGGGAUACCACAACCUUACAACAUGCAUCCCUUUAGAUAGGGAGGUUACAAAACAUAGCAUUUAAUGGUAUGUUGACAAAAAUAAUACGUCGUAAUCAAUGAUGAAGGUGGAAAAAUGUCUUCCUUUCUUUGGUGAAGGGUAGUGGGGAAAUUUCUGCUGAAAAAGAGGAUAGAAGUGAUGUAAUUGGAUGCAAGUUUUUCAAAGAGGGGCCAUAGUGAUUAGGAUGAUAGACCUUGACUUUGAGUGUGAAUCACAUAUGUUCUUGCUUUUGAACAUCAAUCAAAUUGAAAAUCUCCACUUGUUCAGAUCCAUUCCAUUUCCAUAUCCAAAUAUUCUCACCAUUUUUGCCACCAUCUCAGCCUUGCCGCAGCUAGAAAUGGAAGCAGCAAGCAUAGUUUUAUCCCCUGCUUUGCAAGUGAUCUUUGACAGAUUGGCCUCCCCAGCCUUAGAAGCACUUGCUGAUAUCUGGGGUGUCGAGGACAUCCGCAACGGCCUACAAGAUUCCUUAAUAAGGGUUCAAGCUAUUCUUCAAGCUGCAGAGGAUCAACAAUUAACCAACAAAUAUGUUAGGCUUUGGUUGUCAAACCUCAAGAAUGCUGCUUCUGAUGCUGAGGACCUUCUGGACAAAUAUGUGAGUUUGUUCCAAUCAUCCAAAACCAUCAGGUUUGCUGACUUUUUAACUAAACCUUUCUAUCUAAAAGCCUCUGAUGCUGAAAAAAUUAAAAAGACAAUCCACAGAUUAGAAAAGACGAUAAAUGAGGGACUCUCGACAUUUAAUUUUAGAGAGCCUAGCAUAGGAGAUCGACGAUCUAUCCAAAGGGAGACUGACUCUUGGGUCGACGACUCAAAGAUAUAUGGAAGAGAUUAUGAGAAAGAGAAGUUAGUCAAACUGUUAUUGUCUUCGGAAACUUCCCAGGAUGGAUAUGCAACUUGUAUUCCAAUAAUUGGUAUUGGAGGAAUUGGCAAGACAACUCUUACUCAGUUGGCAUAUAACGAUGAGAGGGUACUCCAACACUUUGACUCUAGAAUAUGGAUUUUUGUUUCUGAGGAUUUCAAUGUCAAGAAGAUUAUGAAGGCAGCCAUUGAGUGUGCAACAGAGGAUGAAUGCAAGUUGUCAGAGAUUGAACUACUUCAGUCUCGGCUUUCAAAAUUGCUACAGAAGAAAAGAUGCCUGAUUGUGUUAGAUGAUGUUUGGACGGAAGACCAGGAUGAUUGGGACAAACUAAGAGCUUUGUUUAGAAGGGGUCUUGAUGGAUGCAAAAUCAUUGUCACCACCCGCAGUCAAAAAAUUCCAUUCAUGAUGGACUUCCCAAAUUCACCAUUUUAUUUAAAUGGUUUGGAGGAUGAUGAUUGCUGGUCUUUGUUCAAGCACCGGGCAUUUCGAUGCGGCGAAGAAGAGAAGUAUCCAAAUCUUACACAGAUUGGAAAGGAGAUUAUCAAAAAAGUUGGAGGCGUGCCGUUAGCUGCAAAAAGUUUGGGAAGCUCAAUGCGCUUGAAAAGAGAAGAAAAACAGUGGUUAUUUAUGCGAGAUUGUGAACUCUGGGAUUCAGAUGAAAGCCAACAUAAAGUUUUCCCUACCCUGAUGUUGAGUCUACCCCCACAUCUUAGACAAUGCUUUGCAUUCUUCUCAUUAUUUCCCAAAAAUUAUGAAUUCAAGAAGCAGAAGUUGAUUCAUCUAUGGAUGGCAGAAGGCUUCAUUCCAAAAGAAGGAAGCAAGCGGCCUGAAGACAUUGGUGAGGAAUACUUUUCCGAAUUGUUGUGGAUAUCUUUCUUGCAAGAAGUACGGCUACAUGACGGUGGAGAAACAAUUGGAUACAAGAUGAAUGAUAUCAUUCAUGAUCUUGCACGAUAUGUUGCAGGAAAAGAAUAUGUGGUACUUGAACAGGGUCGGCCACAAAAUUGGUCACCAGCAGAGAUUCGCCACGCAUCUGUUGUUUAUAGAUAUGGUGCAAGAAUUACAAUUCCAGAAACUCUAUAUGAAGCAGAACAUUUGCGAACUCUCUUUUUGAUCGGAGAUUCUGGUAGGUUAGAGAAUCAAAAUAAAAUUUAUUCAAGUUUUCAAUACUUGCGAGUGCUAGAUCUCAACAACUGUGAUCUUGUUUGUCUACCGGAUUCCUUGGGUGACUUGAUAUGUUUGAGGUAUCUUGACUUGUCUUACACACUUUUCUUCCAGUUACCUGGAAGCAUGAAGUAUCUCUUAUCUUUGCAGACCUUAAAUCUAAUUGGUUGCCAUAAUCUUAUGGUUUUGCCUUCUUUGGGAUUCAACCUAAGACAUCUUAACUUAAGUGGAUGUGUGCGUUUGACUGAUAUGUUUCUUAACAUUAGACGUUUAGAUAAACUUCAGACAUUGCCACUUUUUGUUGUGCCGAAGUUGGCGCGGAAUGUUGAGCUGCAAGGUUUAAAUCUUUAUGGAGAGUUGAAUAUUACUUGCUUGGAGAAUAUUCACAAUGUUUCUUCAUCAGAAUCACCAGAACUGCACAAGAAGAAAAAUCUUGAGUCAUUGGGAUUAUACUGGGGUCUUAUACCGCAAUUUAGAGAUUCAUUCCCAAAACUACCUAAUGCCCAACCUAAAGUAGGUGUCUCAGGAUCACAUACAGCACGACAAUCUGAAGAAGUUAUUAAAGGUCUGCAACCACACAAAAAUCUGAAAAAGCUAGUUAUAAAUGGGUAUCCUGGAAUCAAAUUUCCUGAUUGGGCUCUCCCAAAACUUGUCGCUGCUAAUUUCACCAACUGUGGAAGUUGUGAACAUCUUCCAGCCCUUGGGAAUCUUCAGCUACUUAAGACACUUUCUCUGCAAGGAAUGCACCGCAUGAAGAGCAUUGGUAUAGAGUUCUAUGGUGACGGUAUAGACAUAUGGUUUCCAUCACUCGAAGAAUUAUCAAUAAGUGAUUUUGCAAACUUGGAAGAGUGGUCAAGUGCAAAUGUUGGAAAUGCAUUCCCUAGAUUGAAGAAAUUAACUGUAAAGAGUUGCCCCAAGUUAGCACAUAUACCGUUACCUCAGUCCCUUCAACAUUUGGAGCUACGGAAUUGUAAUCUUACGAUGGUGCCCAUAGCAGAUUUAAGUUUGCUAUCUGUUCUUAUUCUUGACAAAAUUCCAGACCUAAUGUAUCUCCCAGAAGGGCUCGUUGCAUCAGCUAGUCUGUCUUCCUUGAAGAUUUUGUCUUGCCCCAAGCUUCAUUCAAUGCCUUUGCAUAUGCAAAACCUUAGUUCUCUGAAAUCAUUGACCAUUCGUGGGUGUGGAGAGCUGUCCUCUCUACCACAAAGUUUGCAGAACCUUAAAGCUCUGGAGUCACUGGAGAUUAGUGGCUGUGGCAAGUUAACAUCCCUGCCAGAUGGUGGAAUUGCAAGUUUGGCUUCAUUUCGAACUUUGUCCAUUGAAAACUGCAAUGACCUGACUUCUCUGUCCUCGAGUUUGGAACAGCUCACAUUGCUUGAGGACUUGACCAUCAUGGACUGUCCAAAACUUGGUUCUUUUCCAGCAGGUGUGCAACAACUCUCCUCCCUUCGAAGUUUGAUGGUUCUGAACUGUCCUUGGUUUGAUUCUCUGCCAGAAGGGUUGCAAAAUGUCAAGACCCUGCACUGCUUGGAAAUCAGUAGCUGCCCCAAUCUAACAGCUUUGCCAGAAUGGUUUGAGGAUCUUGCUUCUCUUAGAUCUUUGACCAUAUAUGAUUGUCCUAAUUUGACACUACUGCCUCCGGGUUUCAAGCUUCUCACUAAACUCCAGCACCUCUCUAUUCAAGAAUGUCCUGAGCUUGAGGAAAGAUGCAGACAAGGUAGCGGUGAGGAUUGGUUGAAAAUAGCCCAUGUCCCGCAUAAGUACAUUGGACCGCCUCAGGUAAAGCGGUCUGGCGAAGCUAGCACAUCGAGAAGCUCUUCUGUCCAAGCAUCUUCUCAGUAGAAACUUCUAUUUCAUUGUCAUCAACAAGCUAUUAUCGUUAUGGGAAACAAGCAAUUGCUUAAGUAACAGAGAUUACUGGAAAAGGAUACAGACGGGGCUUCAAGAAUCCUCCAAGUCAAAUGCACUGAUAGAG